GGCGGUAUUGGCUUGUUGACUUAUCAGAAUCAGCGGUCGUCAAACGUGAUAAGCGGCCACGAUGCAGCGCUAGAAUUGGAAGCUCCGAAAUACCAUCGAUUUGGGAACUUCAAGGGGCAAUGUUUCGCGAUUGGCGUAAACCCAGCCACAAGCGAUGGCAGAAGCUGCAGCAGAAGCAAAAACAGGCGAUCCUGUCCGAAAGGGAGACGAUGAUCGUGUUUGUCUACGACGCGGAGUGUCUGACAGACGAGGCAGACGAUCCCAUUUCGGCGGUUCUCUAUUUCCAUCCCGGUUGGGUGUCCGAUUCGCAGAAGGUGGCUCUUUGUGGACAACUUAUGGGCACCUCGUACUUCCUCAAGGAUUGCUUCUUUAAUCCUCGCAUCCUGGCCCUGCAGAAUGGCAAGUUUGUGCUGAAGGAGUUCGAUCGUUUCAUUCUGGCAAUUGGUACUGAUCGGAAUAUUGGAGAUCAACUGUUGGAACAUCGUGCCGACUUGCUGAGUUCCCUGCUCAAAUUUUUCCACCGUGACGUGCAGACUCUGUAUGCUCAAUAUGCCUCCCUGAGUCGCCGCAAUCUUAGCGAAAAGCUGUACCACAUUUUUGAGACUUAUCUGCCGAUGCUGCAGCGCAACGGGAAUACAUUUCAGAAUGUGCCCAGGCUGCGAAUGCCGAAGACGGCCAGUCACAUCUUUCUGGAGGCCAUACAAACGCUGCAGAGUUGCCAGCAGACCAAGGGGGUUCUUGGCGGAGCCAUUCUGUACCACAACAAAGUGGUGGCCUCUCAACUGAGCGACAUGGUGACCAAGCACCUGGUACUCACCGAUCCUCUGCACGUCCGAACGGCGGCCGAGCCGGUGACCACCCAUCAUGAGUUCCACAUCCCUAACGGCGUCCAGAUGCUGGUGGUUUACCUGGAGCAGAUGCAGUACCGUCAGUUGCUUGGCGAGGCACAGCGCGCGCAGAACCUGCAGAUGAGCACGGCGCAGCUCUCCCAGAGCGGAGUGCCAUUUCAGUAUGCCAAGCGGAAGAUAAAGCGGGACAAGUCGCUAAUCUUCACACACAUACCCGAGGAGGAGCAUGCGUCGGAGCAUCAGCAGUCGGGCGCGGGGGAGUUGCCACCAGCCAGACCCAAAUCCAUGCGACCCACCCAUCUGCCCCUGCGUAUAAAAAACCUGCAGAGCAAGGAACUCCCGGAGUCUGGCAUUGCCUCUAUAAACUUUGAUGAAACUGACUCCUUUCCACAGUUCAUUGGACGCACAAGUGUUUGCAAUACUCCCAUGACCGAGAACAAAGUCCUGCCGGUGGCCAAUGUUAUGUCCAUUUGCGCCAAUCCCGAGGAUGAGGGCAAAGAGGAGGAUGUCCACAACUCCAAUGGCAAGUCGCAGUCGCGUCGGAACUCCCUGAAAGUGGAUGUAGAAAAAUUCUUUCAGAACUUCAUCAGCAAUCCCAACAAGCAGCUGACACGGCGCAAAUCCUCUGCUGAUUUGCAGGAUGCCCUUCGAGCCAUUUCCAAGAAACUGAACAACUUCACUCAUGGCUUUAAAACCGAUGUAAAUCGUAAUGGAAGCGGAGAUGGCGAUGCCUCCUCCGACUCGCCAGAUUUUAUAGAGAGCGAUGAGAAGAUCACUUCCCGGACUAUCAGCGAUCCCACCUAUCCGGUAUUUACCACCAAUGGCCAGCAGAUCUCGCGCAGCCUGUUCCAGCAGUUCCUCGAUCAGUACCGCAAGUUGUGGGGCGUGGCCAGCGAGCAGGCGCAUGAAGAUGCCGAGCUAGCCGCCCUCGUGGCCGAGUUCCAGGAGUUUAACGCCGAGAUCCAGAAGCUGGACGAGCACAUGCGGCAGCAGGCCGCAGAGGCAUCCUCCGCCGAUCGUAAUCUCAACAUUUCCGCAGCCAAAACGCCACUGGAUAAGCGAUCUAUGACCCUGCCACUGAAAUCAGCAGGAGAAUCCACUUUCGGGGAACGCGCAUCCGGACGCAGUGGAGCAGGAGGCGUCCCAUUAACACCGCUGAUGGCCAAACUUUCUGUACUGGCUCUGAGCGAAACCACGCCCAUCGAGAUACAAACUCCUCUGACAAGCACCAAAGUUUUCCCCCGUCGCAGUUCCUUGAAGUGCGAGGAUGCAGUGGAUGCCCUGGCUGUUAUGUCCACUGUUCCUGCUCAACCCCCGGCUCCCAUUCAACCUGAUGGCUUACACCGAGCGGAACUCUACAUAUGUGGUCAGCAGAAUAUGACCUUGUUAUUGCUCAUGGAGGACGGUACUUGUCAACAGCAGCAGGUGGUGCAGAAGAUGUUUGAUAUGUGCGUGGCCAAGUUUCCGCACAUGGAAUCUCAACUGAAUCAGACUCUAAAUGUAAAUGUCGAGGGCGACAACCGCGAUGGCAGCAACUACAGCUUCAUGUGCGUGGACUCCAAGUGGGAUGUGCUGCAGCGUAAUGGUCCUUGGAAUCCCCUAGAGCUUAACAUCAUAGAGAGCAUGCACUCGAUACAUUCCAGUGGUCAUCAUCUUACAGAUUUGAUCUUAAGAUCAAACGACUCCGUUUACUAUGGCCACAAGAACGGAAGAACCGAGUUCUUCUACAAGGAGCCCACCCAUCAGAUCAGUGGCAUACCACCUCCCUCGGAUCCUGUCGGGAAUAUACAGAUGCGCGCCAAAUCGCGACUAGAACGUGACCAUUCCUACAUGCUGUUCUAGGCUGUACCGUGGAGAAUUUAUUAGAAACAUAUUGAAUACUCGCAUGCUUAGCCAAAAACAGAAAACGUUAACGGGGAUAGUCCAGAUAGUCUGGUUCCCCGGAAAAUAGCCAACUUUAUGCCAUCCGCUGUUAUUUACUUUGCGAUCUCUGGCUGAUUCCUACGCGAGUCUUCAAUAGUGGUUAGGAUAAUGUUUCCAUAUCAUAUACAAUACAAACCAAGGGAACUCAAUUUUAAACGACCUAAAUUUUACUUCGACUUUUUAUACAGAAAAUUUACAACAAAAUUGACUCGUGUAGGAAAAUAAUAGAAUUCAUGAUGAGCCGCUUUCAGCCAGCGAAUUAUUUUGCCUUUUUUUUAUCUUUCACUCGAUUGAUGUAAAGUACAAAAAUGUUUUAAGCUUUGUUUACAAUGUCCAGCACUGUUGUUUAAUUUAUAAGCUUGUAAUCUAUACAGUUAUUUUAAUUAUUUUGCAUUUGCUUUAACAGAGGAUAUGCGGCGUUUUGCACUGAUUUCAAGCCAAAGAAAUUUAAUCGAGGGAUUUUAAUUGUAAAUACUAAAUUAGAUUCAUUUAGAUGGAAUUAUUUGUACCUAAAUUAAACUUCUCACAGUUUUCGUUCUGUCCAGAUGCAAGCAUAUACUUAUCUUAGCUCUUUCUCAUUAUCAGAUAUUAAGCGCUUCGUGCCAAUUUAAAUUAAUUUAAAUGCUGGUCAAAUGCUAAGGACCGUCAAAAGUGAAGGAACGUGAGAACGAUGGUUUUUAACCGCAUAAAACAGUUUAAGCAGUGCAAUAGUGUGGAAGCAAACAACUAUUUUGAGAGUUUUGCGUUGACUUAGCUUAAAUAUACAUACAUAAAUACCUAAACAACAUUAUUUAUAUAUAACUAUUCAUAUAUGAUACAAAGACCGGUAUUGUUUUUGUAGAUUUUCAAAAAUAAACCGACAAUCCGUUGUCUGUGUUUGAGAAA